UCCGCUGGCGCGUGGUUUCCGGAGCGGAUCGGAACCCGGAGCGCGGAUCCGAUCCGGGUCUGGCCAUUCCCGGGGCAGGUUUAAAAUAAUGGCUGAAGAUGGCAGUGAGGAGAUUAUGUUUAUUUGGUGUGAGGACUGUGGGCAGUACCACGAUUCAGAGUGUCCUGAGCUGGGCCCAGUGGUGACAGUCAAAGACUCCUUUGUAUUGAGCAGGGCAAGAUCAUCUCUGCCUUCUAAUUUGGAGAUAAGACAGCUGGAGGAUGGGACUGAGGGAGUGUUUGCUCUGACUCAGCUGGUGAAACGUACCCAGUUUGGCCCCUUUGAAUGCAAGAGAGUUCUCAAGCUGGAGAAAGAAUCAGUUUUUCCCCUGAAGGUGUUCCAGAAGGAAGGGCCCCUGGUGUAUUUUGACACCACAAACGAGGAUGAUUGCAACUGGAUGAUGAUGGUGCGCCCAGCCACCGAGUACGAGCACCAAAACCUCACAGCCUUCCAGCAUGACAAUGACAUUUACUUCACCACCUGCCAGGACAUCCCCCCAGGAACUGAGCUGAGAGUGUGGUAUGCAGCUUUUUACGCCAAAAAAAUGGAAAAGCCAGUGCUGAAGCAGGUCACUAGUGUUGCCAAUGAUACAUCCUUGGUAGCAAUGGAGUCUGAUAAAGAAGGAAAUAAUAAGGUCUCUUCAAAACCUUCAUCUGCUGUCUUACCCCAUAAAAAAAACAAGAAAUCCAGCAUAUUAGCAGCUGAUCCAGCAGUGAACACUCCAGAAGGCAGUGGAACAGCAGAAGCAAAGCCCAACCAGUGGACGUGUAAAGUGUGUUCAUCUGCUUUCCAAGAGCCCCAGCUGCUGACAGAGCACUUGCUGAGUCACCUGGAACAAGCCAAAGGUGCCUCCCCAAGCAGCCAAAAUGAUGCUGAGAAAGCAGAGAAAGCAGCAGAGGCUGUGCCAGCAGAUCAACCAGUGGCAAGUGAUACAGGCAGUGCCAGCACAGACUCGAGGAGAAAGGCCAGGAGGGGGAGAAAAGCCAAAACAGCAAAAGUAGAAACACCUCUUGUCAUUGAUGAGGAGAAAGAUCCUGCAGUGGAACGUGUGGCUGACGCUGUCCCUGAGGUCCCUCCAGAGGAGGUGGCCCUGCCCCCAGCUCCAGAAGAGAGCAUCAUGGACCUGGUUUUAGGAAAGAUGCCCAGCACCACAAACAGCAUCAGCUCAGUGGCAAAUAGGUUUGCUCAUCACCAAAACACCAUGUCCCUCAAAAGAAGUUUCAUUCUCUCCAGUAGACACGGGAUUCGGCGGAAGCUGAUAAAGCAGCUGGGGGAGCACAAGAGGGUCUAUCAGUGCAGCAUCUGCAGUAAGAUCUUCCAGAACAGCAGCAACCUCAGCAGGCACAUCCGUUCUCAUGGUGACAAACUGUUUAAAUGUGAGGAAUGUGCCAAGCUGUUCAGCAGGAAGGAGAGCUUGAAGCAGCACGUUUCCUACAAGCACAGCAGGAAUGAAGUGGACAGUGAGUACAGAUACAAGUGCACCACGUGUGAAAAGGCCUUUCGGAUAGAGAGUGCACUGGAAUUCCACAACUGCAGGACAGAUGACAAGACAUUCCAGUGUGAGAUGUGUUUCAGAUUCUUCUCUACAAACAGCAACCUUUCAAAACACAAGAAAAAACAUGGGGAUAAGAAGUUUGCAUGUGAGAUCUGCAAUAAGAUGUUCUACAGGAAGGAUGUCAUGCUGGACCAUCAGAGGCGGCACUUGGAAGGGGUGAGGCGUGUGAAGAGGGAAGACUUUGAGCACAGCACGGAGAGCAUGGUUCGCUACAAGAAGGAGCCCUCGGGCUGCCCCGUGUGUGGGAAGGUAUUUUCAUGUAGGAGCAACAUGAACAAACACCUCCUAACACAUGGAGACAAGAAAUACACCUGUGAGAUUUGUGGACGGAAAUUUUUCAGGGUGGAUGUGCUGAGAGAUCAUAUUCAUGUCCAUUUUAAGGACAUAGCCCUAAUGGAUGAUCACCAGAGGGAAGAGUUCAUUGGUAAAAUUGGAAUCUCAUCAGAGGAAAAUGAUGACAACUCUGAUGAAAGUGCAGAUUUAGAGCCUCACAAGUAUAGCUGCAAAAGGUGCCAGCUGACCUUUGGCAGAGGGAAGGAGUACCUGAAGCACAUCAUGGACGUGCACAAGGAGAAGGGGUAUGGCUGCAGCAUCUGCAACCGGCGCUUCGCCCUCAAGGCCACGUACCACGCGCACAUGGUCAUCCACAGGGAGAACCUGCCCGACCCCAAUGUGCAGAAAUACAUCCAUCCAUGUGAAAUCUGUGGCAGGAUUUUUAACAGUAUAGGAAAUCUGGAAAGACAUAAGCUUAUACAUACAGGUGUAAAAAGUCAUGCUUGUGAGCAAUGUGGCAAAUCAUUUGCUAGAAAAGACAUGUUAAAAGAACAUAUGCGAGUCCAUGAUAAUAUCCGAGAAUACUUGUGUGCAGAGUGUGGCAAAGGAAUGAAGACAAAACAUGCCCUUCGUCACCACAUGAAGCUGCACAAGGGGAUUAAGGAGUAUGAGUGCAAGGAAUGUCACAGAAAAUUUGCACAGAAAGUCAACAUGCUGAAACAUUACAAGAGACACACGGGAAUCAAAGAUUUCAUGUGUGAGCUCUGUGGCAAGACGUUCAGUGAGAGAAACACAAUGGAGACUCACAAGUUGAUUCAUACAGUAGGAAAACAGUGGACGUGUUCAGUGUGUGACAAGAAGUAUGUCACUGAUUACAUGCUGCAGAAGCACAUCCAGCUCACCCAUGACAAGGUGGAAGCCCAGAGUUGUCAGCUGUGUGGCACAAAGGUUUCCACCAGGGCGUCCAUGAGUCGACACAUGAGACGUAAACACCCAGAGAUUCUUUCAGUGAGGAUUGAUGAUUUAGAGCCACUGCCAGAGACAACCACCAUUGAUGCCUCUUCAAUUGGGAUUGUUCAGCCGGAAUUAGCCUUGGAACAGGGUGAACUACCAGAAGGGAAGCAGCAUGUAAAAGCUCCUAAAAGUGGCCAGAAAAGAAAACAAAAGUCAGGUGAGGAGGAGGAAGCUCAAGUGCCUGAGGACCCUGCCUUCAGUGAAUACACAGAGAAGGAAGGUGAAUUCACAGGGAAUGUUGGAGAUGAAACCAAUUCAGCUGUGCAGAGCAUCCAACAGGUGGUGGUGACGCUCAGCGACCCGAACGUCUCAGCACCCUCCAGCUCGGUGGGACUCACCAACAUCACCGUGACCCCCAUCACCACGGCAGCUGGCACCCAGUUCACCAACCUGCAGCCCGUGGCCGUGGGCCACCUGUGUCCCCCCGAGAGGCAGCUGCAGCUGGACAGCUCCAUCCUCACCGUCACCUUCGACACCGUCAGCGGCUCGGCCGUGCUGCACAACCGCCAGAGCGACAUUCAGCUCCCGCCGCAGCCCGAGGCUCCCAACCCCCAGUCCGUGGCCCAUUUCAUAAACCUGACCACCCUGGUGAACUCCAUUGCCCCCCUGGGGACCCCCCAGAUGACAGAACAGCACCCCCUGAGCUGGAGGUCGGUGCCUCAGACUGAUGUGCUGCAGCCCCCGGCGCCGGCCGCGCCGCAGCAGCCGGGCCAGCAGCCCGUCCAGACAGAGCAGCAGCAGCAGCAGAUGUACAGCUACUAAUUUAUACUUGGGCUUGGACAGUACUCAGAGACACAGAAAAACACACUGACCUUUGGAAAAUUUCUACUAGGAUUGUUUGCUGGAUACCAAACAGAGAUGGGAAUUGAAUUUCGUCGUUUAUACAAUGAAAUUUAAGCUGAAAUUGGCAGAUCACCCUGCAACACCCCGGUCUGAG